AUGGAGGAUAUUUCGCCUCCUGCGCUACGCAUUCUUCAGCAAUAUUCUACUCAGACAAACGGCAACUAUGAUACUUUUUGUCUCCAUGUCAAAGCCUCGACACUCCGAUCAAUUCAAAACAGAACGAAGUAUUUCUAUUUUGAGCAUGGAGUUAUUCGCUCUUUGAUACUCAUUGAGAAACUCGACCGCGAACGGGGUGUUCACGCCUCUGACGCUAUGCGAGAAGUUUUUUGCGCCCUUGCUGUACAUCAUACGCUGCGGUGGUUGUACAUCUCGUGGGGCUACUAUUUUGACGCUGUACAGAGGAUUUGGGUAAAGGAAAUUGGGGAUUUGGAACUGUCUGCGCGGCGUCUAGUUAGAGUUUAUUUAGAGGAGGCCUUCAGUCGAUUGCCAGGGGAUACCACUGCUGAUGAUGUUGCCUAUGCUCCUACUUCUGCUCCUACCGAAGGGAACGAAGCUAAAAGAUUGCAUUUUGAAGGCCAUGGUAAUAACGAACAGGGGGCACUUAAUGAGGCCAUCAAAAAAGACCAUGACAGUAUAGAUGGAAAUGUUCUUAUUCCAUUUGCUAAUCAUACCGGAGAACCCUCACAAACUAAGGAGGGGAAUGAAGAUUUUAGUAGGCCCAACAAAAAAGACCAUGACAGGAUAGAUGGAAAUGUUAUUAUUCCAUUUGCUAAUCAUACCGAAGUACCCUCUCAAACUAAGGAGGGGAAUGAAGAUUUUAGUAGGCUCAAGAAUGUGCCAAGGACUGAAUUAAAGGACAGGAAUGACACUGCUCGCACCGAGUUGGAGAAUUCAGUUGAUGACUCUUCCCAAGGGACAAAUAGAUGCACUUUACCAAGCCCCAGAACAGAGCACGUCUCUCUCCUAAACAUAGACGAACCUAAAAGGUGGAUGAGACGGAGAAAAAUAAAUAAAUGGACCAACGAGGAAGAAAAUGCUUUGGCAGAGGGUGUACGAAAGUAUGGAUACCAGUGGACACGCAUAUUGGAAACCUAUCAAGAAAUAUCUAGAGAGAGAACUGCUGUUGAUCUCAAAGAUAAAUGGAGAAACUUGCAAAGAAAGUGA